CCACGAUGCAAGAAAUGACGAGCGCCAUCUUGGAUCGAUCUCGUCCGGGUUUUUUUUGGUUUCUUCUUUUCUUUCUUUUUUUAAAAGCUUAUUCUUACUCUCAUUUCAUCUGCCCGCAGCAUGUGGGGGGCGCCGCCGUAUGCAUCCAUAGGUGCCUAACCUACUGUACUGGCAUCAACGGCAUCUUAGGUAAUUACCUGCCUAUUCACCUACUUUGAUUACUGAUAUGUGGCUGUCCGAAAAGACAGCAUCUCCGCCGCGCUGAAGCUGGAAAUCAAAUCUUGAAUGCUUAAUGCUUGCGUGAACAAGCAUCAAAAUUUCAACCACAAUCCGCGGCACCAGUCUCCUUUAUGAAUAGGUACCUAACCUAGGUUAUACUACUAGGU